CUCUUCAGGAUACUAGGACCGUCUCGUGACCUCUAACCCACCUCUGUCCUCACUAACAUUUGUGCUCCAUGUAGUACUUGCGCCCCAAACUUCCCCCCAAAUCCUCCCCAGCCGAAGUGGAGUGCUCCCAGCUGGAGCCCAUCUCCUUCUGAACGAGCCUCCCUGCCACGCACGAGCUCGCGAAGGUGCGAAGCAGCCCUACCCUGUAGCACCCUGCCAAGCCACCCAGCCCCCGACUGCCUCCCGAGCACCACGUGGGGGAGGACGGCUUCCCACCUCCUACUCCGACCCGCGCUGGUCCAGGCGGUCCCUGGAGCAUGCGCAGUGGAACCUCACCCCCACCCUCCCGCGGCCCCACCGAAUCCGCAUCCAGCCUGGGGUUCGCAGCCACAGCCGGGCUUGGGCAGCUGGGGGCGGUCAGGCGGGCAUGACAGCGCCAUGGCUGAGGGCGAGGACCUGCAGACCUUCACUUCCAUCAUGGAUGCACUGGUCCGCAUCAGUACGAGCAUGAAGAACAUGGAGAAGGAGCUCCUGUGCCCGGUGUGCCAAGAGAUGUACAAGCAGCCGCUAGUGCUGCCCUGUACGCACAACGUGUGCCAGGCCUGCGCCCGGGAGGUGCUAGGCCAGCAGGGCUAUAUAGGCCACAGCGGGGACCCCAGCUCCGAACCCACCUCACCCGCCUCCACCCCCUCCACCCGGAGUCCCCGCCUGGCCCGCAGAACUCUCCCCAAGCCAGACCGCUUGGACCGGCUCCUCAAGUCAGGCUUCGGGACAUACCCGGGGAGGAAGCGAGGCACUUUGCACCCCCAGGUGAUCAUGUUCCCCUGCCCGGCGUGCCAGGGUGAUGUGGAGCUGGGGGAACGGGGCCUGGCCGGGCUUUUCCGGAACCUGACUUUGGAGCGUGUGGUAGAGCGGUACCGUCAGAGUGUGAGUGUAGGGGGUGCCAUCCUGUGCCAACUGUGCAAACCCCCACCUUUGGAGGCCACCAAGGGCUGCACCGAGUGCCGCGCCACCUUCUGCAACGAGUGCUUCAAGCUCUUCCACCCGUGGGGCACCCAGAAGGCCCAGCACGAGCCCACCCUGCCCACCCUCUCCUUCCGCCCCAAGGGCCUGAUGUGCCCAGACCACAAGGAAGAGGUGACCCACUACUGUAAGACGUGCCAGCGACUGGUCUGCCAGCUCUGCCGAGUGCGGCGUACUCACAGCGGGCACAAGAUCACACCCGUGCUCAGCGCCUACCAGGCCCUCAAGGACAAGCUGACAAAGAGCCUGACAUACAUCCUGGGCAACCAGGACACCGUGCAGACCCAGAUCUGCAAACUGGAGGAGACCGUGAGACACACAGAGGUGAGCGGUCAGCAGGCCAAGGAGGAGGUUUCCCAGCUGGUGCGAGGGCUGGGGGCAGCGCUGGAGGAGAAGCGGGCUGUGCUGCUGGCGGCCAUUGAGGAGUGCCAACAGGAGCGGCUGGCCCGCCUCAGUGCCCAGAUCCAGGAGCACCGCAGCCUGCUGGAUGGCUCAGGGCUGGUGGGCUAUGCCCAGGAAGUGCUGAAGGAGACUGACCAGCCCUGCUUUGUGCAGGCUGCCAAGCAAUUGCACAACAGGAUUACACGGGCCACCGAGUCCCUGCAGACAUUUCGGCCAGCGGCUAGCUCCUCCUUCCGCCACUGCCAGCUGGAUGUGGGGCGCGAGAUGAAGCUGCUGACGGAGCUGAGCUUCCUUCGAGUGCCCGAGGCACCUGUCAUUGACACCCAGCGCACCUUCGCCUAUGACCAGAUCUUCCUGUGCUGGCGGCUGCCCCCACACUCGCCCCCAGCCUGGCACUACACCAUUGAGUUCCGGCGCACCGACACACCUGCCCAGCCGGGUCCUGCACACUGGCAGCGGCGGGAGGAGGUGCGGGGCACCAGUGCCCUGCUGGAGAAUCCAGACACAGGCUCUGUAUACGUGUUGCGCGUCCGAGGCUGUAACAAGGCGGGCUACGGAGAGUACAGUGAGGACGUGCACCUGCAUACGCCCCCUGCUCCGGUCCUGCACUUCUUCCUGGAUGGCCGCUGGGGCAGCAGCAGGGAGCGGUUGGCUAUCAGCAAGGACCAGCGGGCCGUGCGCAGCGUUCCAGGCCUGCCCCUGCUACUGGCCGCCGAGCGCCUGCUAACCGGCUGCCAUCUGAGCGUGGAUGUGGUGCUGGGUGAUGUGGCCGUAACCCAGGGCCGCAGCUACUGGGCCUGUGCCGUGGACCCAGCCUCCUACCUCGUCAAGGUGGGCGUUGGACUGGAGAGCAAACUCCAGGAGAGCUUCCAGGGUGCUGCCGAUGUCAUCAGCCCCAGGUACGACCCAGACAGCGGGCAUGACAGCGGCGCUGAAGAUGCUACAGUGGAGGCAUCCCCACCCUUCGCCUUCCUGACCAUCGGCAUGGGCAAGAUCCUGCUGGGUGCUGGGGCCAGUGCACACACCGGGCUGACGGGGCGGGAUGGGCCAGCUGCUGGCUGCACAGUGCCCCUGCCACCUCGCCUGGGCAUCUGCCUGGACUACGAGCGGGGCCGAGUGUCCUUCCUGGACGCUGUGUCAUUCCGAGGGCUGCUGGAGUGCCCCCUGGACUGCUCGGGGCCUGUGUGCCCAGCCUUCUGCUUUAUCGGGGGUGGUGCCGUGCAGCUGCAGGAGCCCGUGGGCACCAAGUCUGAAAGGAAGGUCACCAUCGGGGGCUUCGCCAAGCUCGACUGACCUCCCUCCCCAGCCCCCCCACUCCUCUACCCCUCCCCCCUCCCCGCUGCCUGGUGCCACUGCUCCCUCCUCCUGCACCUCCUUCCCCAAACCCCCCUCCAUGCAGCCUCAUGCCUGGCCCCCUGUGUCUCCCAGGCCUUCUCCUGGUGGGGCCUCGCCUGUGGUGACCCCCAUUACCUCCAGGCCCCCAGCUCUCUCAAGUCCCUGUCCUUGGCACCCUUCAAUGCCCCAGUCCUAGAGACAGUCUCCCCUUCUUUCUCCCCAGAGCCUCCCCAGGAUGAUGGCAGAGAGGCACCUGGGGCACACAGAGUGCUCACUCCCCGGGUCUCCUGCUCCUUCAGGCUAAUGAAGCCUCAACGGGGACAGGUGGCUGAUGGAGGACACUGCCUGUCCCCUGCGUUAUUUAUUUGGGUUCGCCCCUCCACGCAUGCCUCUGCCCACGCUCGCCCUGCAUGCUUUACUUGUCCUGCACCUACGCCUUCUUCUGUGCCUGGUUUUCCUGGGACUCCAAGGGGUGUGCCCUGAUAGGCAGAGCCUGGUGAGGCCUCUGUUUCCCUGCAGUGGGUAGCACCAGGCCUGUGUAAAGCAGCAGCUGUGACUGUUGUGGUCUGUAGACAAUAAAGUGUGAUGCUAGGCACUCUGCCUCCCUGA